ACCGCCUCUUGCGCACGUGCCAGACGCCGACUUUGUCGUUGGAAUGUUACUACGCUAUUACCUGGAUGAAGAGGGCAAGCGAGUUUACACUAUGAAGCAAACCGCUCCUGAUGGAAGACCGACUUUGAGUGCCCACCCCAGUCGCUACAGUCCGGAAGAUCGUUUCUCCCGACACAGGGUAACCUUGAAGCUCCGGUUCAAAAUAUUGCCAACUCAACAAGCUCCCAUUGUCUAUUAAGGCUACUGUGACAUGGAAACACUGCAAACGUGUGGAUAAAUACACCUUUAUAUAUACAUCAAAUAUUGUGCAAUGUUUUGGUACAACACUAAUGAGUGGAAGGAUUAUAAUAUUAGUUCGUAGCAUCCUCCUCAGCAGGUGCUGUUGGAACGACCGGGACGUCGAAUAGGUCGCACAAACCCUCGGUAUCAUCCAGGUUGUAGCUGAAAUCGCAUUCGUUUGGUGGUGGACUCAAUGGAAGAAGAGGGCUGACGAGAGUAUUCUCCCCUGCAAAUAAAGAGAUAGUGGGCUAAGACCUAUCUGCACGCAUUAUCAAUAGUUUGGAUAGCUUCUCAAAUCUAGCUACCAGAACG